AUGGUGUUAGCUCUGCAGUCCCUCUUAGUUUUGCUGUUAUCCAUAUCCCUGGCGGCUGGAGAGGACUCAUCCGCCGGCAGCCACGAAGUCCCAAUAUUAGCAAAGGAACUACGGAGAGCUUCUAAUGAAUCGCUAUUAUGGGGCCCGUAUAGGCCGAAUUUGUAUUUCGGUGUCCGCCCGCGCAUUCCCAAGAGCUUGAUCAUGGGAUUGAUGUGGGCGAACGUGGAUGAAUUUCAAAAUAUACAAGAGAAGUUUAGACAUACAUGCGAACAAAACGAGGGCAUGGCUGGGUAUGGGUGGGAUGAGUACGAUAUCCGCAAGGGCGGCCGCCAGACGAUCCACGAUACGGGAAACGCCAUAGACCUCACUAUCGACUUUAUAAAGGUGCCGGGAGGAGGCAACGGAGGGAAUUGGGGUGCACGUGUCAAGGGUACUCCUCGCGCGGAUGCUUCUCCUGACCAAGCGACAACGGUUGUCUUCUAUGCUGCGAUCGAAGGCUUGGGGACUUUGGAACUCGCCAACGAGGUUGAUGCUCUGGGAUACAAAGAUGCUGUGAAAUUUACGGGAUCUACCGAGAUCGAUGCUACCUUGAAGAAGUACGGAACGGAUAAUCCCCUUCCUCCUGCGCAACUUAUCACAAUCGCCAAUAAGCCCGAUGCUGGGAACAUGUAUUUCGUGCAAAGGGCCUUUGAAGGCUCAUUUGAGGUCUGUCCUCGGUUCUACUACAACCACCUCUUAAUAUCCCUUGCUGACUAUGGAAAGUUCGAUAUUCUUUUCUCAUCUGCUUCCUCGCCAGCCCCUAUGACUUCGACGGUACUCACGGAAGAGAUUGAGCCCGCCUCCGCCUCCUUCUCCAAAAAGUUCAAAGAUGUAUUCCCCCCCCUCCCCCCUUUUAACUUACCGAAAUACACCGAGUUUUCGAAAGCCAUGUUUUCGAACUUGGUUGGUGGCGUUGGAUAUUUCUAUGGCGAUUCCGUCGUCGAUCGAUCCAAUUCACCAGAAUACGAAGAAGAAAACGAAUUAUUUUGGGAAGAGACCGAACAAGCACGAGCUCAGGUAAAGCCUAGCGUAGAUGGCCCGUUAGAGCUGUUUACAAGUAUACCGUCUCGGCCAUUCUUCCCGCGUGGCUUCCUCUGGGAUGAAGGAUUCCAUUUGAUCCCUGUUAUUGAGUGGGACCUCGACUUGGCAUUGGAAAUAACGAGGAGCUGGUUCAAUCUUAUGGAUGAUGAUGGAUGGAUUGCACGUGAACAGAUCUUGGGUCCUGAAGCCCGUAGUAAGGUGCCCACUGAGUUCCAGGUUCAGUACCCACAUUAUGCGAAUCCCCCAACAUUAUUUAUGAUCCUUGAGGCAUUCGUGGAGAAAAUCCAAUUGAGCCGGAAACAAGCUGGGGUUCGCGAUGGUCCCUCCGAUAUCCGUUCAGCACAUUUGGAAAACCCGGAUCUUGCUAUUUUGUACCUUCGGUCUGUAUACCCUCUACUUAAACGCCAGUUCUUUUGGUUUAAGAAAACUCAGUGGGGUGACCUCAAAUCGUACGAUCGGGAAGCUUUCUCUUCGAAGGAAGCCUACAGAUGGCGAGGGCGAUCUAUUAAGCACAUUCUAACUUCCGGACUCGACGAUUACCCGAGACCCCAGCCGCCUCAUCCUGGUGAGCUUCAUGUCGAUUUGAUCAGCUGGAUGGGAAUGAUGAGCCGAGCGAUUAGACGGAUUGCCGAAACCUUAGAAGAAGCUGAAGAUGCGAAAGAAUUUGCGGCCUAUGAGACUAGGAUCAUUCGUAAUAUUGACGAUCUACAUUGGGACAAAGAUGCUCAGACUUUUUGCGAUGCUACUGUUGAUGAUUUUGAGGAGCAUGUGCAUGUCUGCCACAAGGGAUAUAUAUCACUUUUCCCAUUUAUGACGGGUCUGGUACCUGCAGAUAGUCCGCGGCUUGGGCCUAUUUUGGAUCUUAUCCAGGACCCAAAAGAGCUUUGGAGCGAUUACGGUAUUCGUAGUCUGAGCAAAAAGGACGAAUUCUAUGGAACAGACGAAAACUACUGGAGGGGCCCUAUCUGGAUUAACAUCAACUACAUGAUUCUCAAAAAUCUUCUUGAUGUCGCCACGGUGCCUGGACCACAUCAAGAACAAGCACGUAAAAUGUAUAUCCAACUCCGUCAGAAUAUUGUUGACAAUGUGUUUAAUCAGUGGGAAGAGACUGGAUUCGCAUGGGAACAAUAUAACCCUGAGACAGGCGCUGGCCAACGAACACAGCAUUUCACGGGGUGGACGAGUUUAGUGGUGAAGAUGAUGGUCAUGCCAGAUUUGAGCGCAGACCACCGAACCCGCCAUGAGGAAUUGCGUCCAUAUCACUUGAUCUCGAACGAUGUCUUCGCCUCCCAGUCGAUCUCGAGCGGCCCUGGUAUCGAACCCCAUAAUCUCUAUCCGCAGAUGGAGAGUGGCGCCUUCGUCUUAUUUGGCGUUCAUCAAUUCUUUCGUGUCUUUUACUCCUCCUAUCUCUUCCUGCUGCGCGAUCUUCAUCGCUAUUCAUAUCUCCCCUUCGACGAUCGCCAUUCUCACCACACCCGCCCCGAGUUCCCCGUCCAUCUCGUGUCCCACGCUGCUCCAGCCCGUUUUCUGGCACCAUUUCAUAACCUGUCCCUUCCAUCCUAUCUCCCUGAUCUCCAGCCUUUGUACCUCCCGUUCCCCGAAACGACCCAAACCCAACACCCCUGGAACCGCCACCAUCCUGCGCUCCCUCGUCGGCCGCAUUAG